AUGCGUGCGCAGUUCCGGAUCACUCACCGAAAUUCAACCGCUUAUGGAUCACAAAUGAAUGGGGUUGUGGAAGCUGCCAACAAAAACAUCAAGAAAAUCCUCCGAAAGAUGAUUGAUAACUACCAAGACUGGCAUGAACAGUUGCCUUAUGCAUUGUUGGGAUAUCGCACUACUGCCAGGAUUUCCACUGGAGCCACCCCAUACCUGUUUGUGUAUGGUACUGAAGCAGUGAUACCAGCCGAAGUAGAAAUUCCUUCACUUCGAAUAAUACAAGAAGCUGAGUUAGACGAUGCAGCAUGGAUCCGUAAAAGGUAUGAGCAACUGGCUCUGAUAGAUGAAAAGAGGAUGACUGUUGUUUUCCAUGGUCAACUAUACCAUCAAAGAAUGGCGCAUGCUUUUAACAAACGUGUGAGAACUAGGGUGUUUCAAAUCUGGCAAUUGGUACUCAAACGAAUAUUCCCUAAUCAAGAAGAAUACAAAGGAAAGAUCGCACCAAACUGGCAAGGGCCUAAUAUGGUGCGAACAGUACUAUCUGGAGGAGCCAUAGUACUUGCUGAAAUGGAUGAUCAAGAGUGUCCAAAAGUGAUAAAUUCACAUACAAUCAAAAGAUACAAUAUGUGA